UUGCUCCAGUCAGAGGGAGUCCACCGCCAUAAGCAAGAACUAGAGGGCAAGAGAAGACAAAGCUUUUGCAUUUUGUUAGUGGAGGAGGAUUUAUUCAUCUGCAUAAGACUCACGGAAGAUGCGGACAGUUAGUGAGUGGCCUAAACUGCCUGCCCUUUUCCUCUUAUUUCUUGCUUUGGCCUCCCAAGAGAGCCAAGGAAGCCCCCGGGGCCAUCGAGAAGCUGGGGCGCAGGACGACAAAGAGAAGCUUAUCCAUCUCAUUCCAGCGCCCGCGGCUUCCAGUAGCGCCCAAGUCCCGCAGCAGCACAGGGCGGGUAGGGUGCGCUCCUCCAGCCAGAGGGAGCGCGUGGUGUAUGCCGCCACCUCCUCUUCCUCCCCUUCCUCCUCCGCCUCCUUCUCCGAACCCCCGAGGGACCGCGAGCGGGCACUGCUCUUUUCUGCCUCCUCCUCCUCUGAACCAGAUGGCUCCUGGCUCCUCAGCUCACCCAGGAUCUCAGAAAUACUUCCAAGGGAUUUGAACUUAAAGGAGAAGUUCAUAAAGCAUUUUACAGGACCAGUCACAUUUUCAGCUGAAUGUAGCAAACACUUCCAUCGACUGUAUCACAAUACUAGGGAUUGCACUAUACCGGCUUAUUACAAAAGAUGUGCAAGAUUGCUAACAAGGUUAGCACUGAGCCCGCUGUGUACACAGCCUUAGAAAAUCUGGCAUAUUGUCUCAGAAAAGAUGACCCUAAUUUGAAGAAAAAGUGCCUUGGAAUUGUAUAUGAUGUAAUGAAAAUGAAAGGCCUCAUUCCAUGAUUAAAUAGGGUUAAGACAGCAGGAAAUUUUGAAUUUAUUUGACUUGCAUUAAAGAAUGAAAAUUUUUAUCUCAUUUAAUCUUUGUAUACAUACCACACUGCUGUCAAUUAAAAUAGACCUUAACCUCCGCUUUCUAAAUGGAGUCUUCUAAAAAUUCCAGGCCAUCA